AUGAAGCAUGAAGGAAGAAAAAAAGAAUAUUUCAUGAGUAUCCUCAAAUUGCUUAAAGCAAUGAGUUGGAAGUGGUAUCAAAGUGACAGUAGCAUUAAAAAGCAUUUCCAUAAUGAUGAUGUUGGAUUGUUAUGGAAGAAAAAUGGGGAAGAAAGAAUGAAGAAAAGUCAUAAAAACAAGAAGUGA